AGCAACAAAGUAGUAAAAAUGUUCAAACUUUUCGCGAUUGUUUUUCUUGCAUUGAUAACGUAUUGUUAUUCACAAUACACGUCGUCGGGCCAGUGCGAAGACAGAACACAAUUAAAAGCAGUAGACAAUUUUGAUGUUGAAAGGUAUGGAGAAAGCGGCAGGAAAUGGUACACUGUGUUCACAUACAACACCCCGGCCGAUUGUCAAUUUGUCAAUUUUACCAUAACGUCAAACGUAAGCAUGGACUUCUAUUGGGUACGAAAAAAUUUAACUUCUGGAACAUGGGGCGGUAGGUCUGAUGGCGUGGUUUGGUGGACACCCGACAAUGGUACACGUAAUGCGAUUAUAAGUCUGGUCUAUCCCAACGUUGCCGACCCGUUAGUAUAUCCAAUUGUUGGAAUUGAUUAUGACGGGUACAGCCUUGAAUACAGAUGCAUCAAUUUAAAUAGCACAAGCAGAAUGGAACGAUCGGCAAGCAUCUUCAGAGAAGCUUCCAUCUCCGAUGUUGAAUUUGAAGCAACUCCAAUCGACGACGAUCUUUAG